AUGAAGCGCAAUGGGAUUCCCCCGGACCAGACGACCUACGACGCCCUUGCACGUACGCUCGCCUCCAAGGGACUGCACCGAGAUGUCUGGGCAUUGCUCGAGGACAUGGAGGCACUCGACGUCAAACCUUCCCAAGCCCUACUCACGGAGAUGGCCAAGAACGCAAACACUUUAUCCUCUGUUCAGUUUUGGGACAUCUUGGACGUGAUGAAGAAGCAUGACAUUCGACCCACCGCAUCGACAUGGACCAGUGUUGUCCAGCAGUUUGCACAUGCAGGCAACGUUGAGCUCGCCCUCGAGUCCCUUUACAACGUCCGCAAGGAUGGUCUCGAGCCCGAACUGCCCGCGGCCGAGGCCGUAAUUGCACUCUUGAGCGACAAAGGCUUCAUCAACCUAGCCAUGGAUGUCAUUGAAUGGUUUGAGGGCUUCGCAAUCCGGCGUGUGGGUCCCGAGACAUGGAUGCGAUGUCUAGAGGGCGCAGCCGCGGAAUGUCGAAUGGACGCAAUCCUGAAGAGCUGGCAAAAGGCUGUCGUGGAAUACAACCUCUCGCCCUCCGAGGGACUCUGCCUGGAGAUCCUCACCGCAGCUGCCCGUCACGGACAGGCUGAGUUCGCCGUCUCACAGGUCCUCACGACCCUCGUUAAUACCAACAUUGCCCUUUCCACGAAACACAUUGCUCCCGUCAUCGAGGCCUAUGCCGCAGCAGGCAACCUAUCCGACGCCUUCACCUUCCUCCACAGCCUACCGAGCUUCAAAGUCGAGGCACCCGUCACCUCACUGGAGGCAAUCGCUGCGUACUGUCUACCGGACAUCGACGCUAUCGACAACGCGUGGAAGAUCGUCGACCAGCUCCACACUGAGACCAAGGUCACAACCGCUGCGCUCAACACCAUCAUCAUCGCUGCCGCGAAGCACUCCGACCUCCAGCGCGCGCUCGGCGCCUACAAGAACUUCCCCACCUACAACAUCCAGCCCAACACCGACACCUUCGACAUCCUCCUCGAUGCCUGCAUCCCCACCGAACACCGCCAACUCGGUGACGCGCUCCUCGCCGACAUGAAGACCGCGAACGUGCCCCUCGCGCGCGGCACGUACGAGCGCCUCGUGCGCCUGUGCCUCACGCAGCCCGAGUACGACGACGCGUUCUUCUACCUGAACGAGAUGGAGGCCGCGGGGCACGUCCCGAGCCUGCAAUUGUACUCAGCCAUCGUGCGCCGGUGCGCGAGCGAGGGGGACACGCGGUACGAGGUCGCGCUGGGGGAGAUGAAGGCGCGGAAGAUGGCGGUGCCGAAGGAGCUGCUGGGCCAGGUGCGCGCGCUGACGCGGCAGGCGAGGAAGCUGCCGGAGGUCGAGGCGGCGGAGAAGGCACGGAAGGAGGGCGGGAAGCGGGCGUCUGAGAAAGAGAUGAAAGUCAAGGAGGUGCGGCGACCGGAGGUGGAUGAGGAGAGGUAUGUGGAACCUUCGGGGGUCGAGGAGGAUGAGACGAUGGGUCGCUCUUCACGACGGUAG